CCUUUAAACGCUACAGCUCUCUCGCUCAGUCUGUCUCUCUCCCUCUCGCUCACUUACAACCAGACGCGUUUAGACGAGCUUCAUGUUCUUCUCGUCUUCUUCUCGUCUGUUCUCCAGCGGUGAGCGAGUUCUUCAUCAGAUUAUCGGCGCGUGUGCUGUUGUCCUCGUGCGACACUGUAACAUUCGUACCGCGUCUGGAGUUCCACGAUAAUUUAAUGCUGAAUUCAAAAACAGGUGUUGAGAACAUCAAGAUCAUUGCCGUCCAUGGACCACCUCUAAAUCCAGAUCCCUGACCUCAUUAUAGGUCACCGUUGGACACUUUGAGGACCAUUGGAGUCUUUGUGUCCUUCACUGUUGGAUAUUCACAAACAGAAUAGAAUGGCAAAGUGGUUAAAGGACUAUUUAAGUUUUGGGAGCAAACGAGUUCCCCCGCAACCGCCAAAACCAGACUACAGCGAGAGUGAGAUAUUGAAGGCGUAUCGUGCACAGAAGAACCUUGACUUUGAAGACCCAUAUGAAGACUUUGAGAACAGGGCUAGAAAUGACAAUGGGUCGACUGAAACGUCCCACAUGGGUUUCGGCUCUCCUCUAAAAUCCUCAAGUCUGGAUAUCAAGGUUGUUUCGCCAAAACAUCGCCUUAUAAAGGUGGACUCGCAAGACCUGGGACGGAGCAAGAUUCUUCUAAGCUCUGUGUCUUUAGAGGAACCAACAGAUCCGGUGGUCCCUUCAGCUCCAGUUAUGGGAGAUACCGACUACUCCGACCCAUUCGAUGCUCGUUUGGACCCCCGUCCCGAAACCAUCCAAAGCCAAAUCACUCCUGAAAACAACGGCUAUAUGGAGCCCUACGAGGCCCAGAAAGUGAUAACUGAGCUGCAGAGGAGAGCUGGUGGUGGAGCACGAGGUUGGGGGAGAGGGGAGGUCCAGCUCUAUGACACCCCAUAUGAGGAGCGCGUCCCAGGGCAGCCGGAUCUGCCCGAGGAGGGGAGGGAGAGCAGGCUGCCGCAGGACGACGAGAGGCCCGCAGAUGAAUACGACCAACCGUGGGAGUGGAAGAAGGAACACAUCUCCAAGGCUUUUGCAGAUAUGAAAGAUCUGACUGAGCUGCCAUGGCCUCCUCCGGUCGGACAGCUGGAGGAGGAGCCCAUCUGUGGCGAGCAAGUGCAGUUUGAGGGUGCUGAGUGGGACCGUUCCUGUUCUCCCACAGAGCGUCUGAGGUGUUCCAGGCCUCUGCCAACCACAGGCAGUAUGAAGCUACGCAAGCCCAACGAUCCUCAUUCCAUGAUCGGAGAGAGAGUGGAUCCCACCCUGCCCCUGGAGAAACAAGUAUGGUAUCACGGUGCUCUCUCGCGCUCAGAGGCCGAGUCUCUGCUGACCCUCUGUAAGGAGUGCAGUUAUUUGGUACGAAACAGCGAGACCAGUCGCUUGGACUACUCUCUCUCUCUGAGGAGCUGCCAGGGAUUCAUGCACAUGAAGUUCAGCCAGUCCAAAGACGGCCGCUAUAUCCUGGGCCAGAACAGCCCUCCAUUCGACACCAUCCCUGAAGUGAUCCACUAUUACACCACACACAAACUCCCCAUCAAAGGAGCCGAACACUUGUCCUUGCUCUUCCCUGUGCUGGUUCAGACUCUCUGAUUGGUCAGAGCACUGCAGUCCUCAUUGCUAUGGGCGG